UGUCCACCAGAUCAACAAACUGAGCCUAGCCCCUACUGUCCACCAGAUCAACAAACUGAGCCUAGCCCCUACUGUCCACCAGACCCAACUGAGCCUAGUCCCUACUGUCCACCAGAUCAACAAACUGAGCCUAGCCCCUACUGUCCACCAGACCAUCAAACCGAAUCUAGUCCCUACUGUCCACCAGAUCAACAAACUGAGCCUAGCCCCUACUGUCCACCAGACCAACAAACUGAGCCUAGCCCCUACUGUCCACCAGACCAACAAACUGAGCCUAGCCCCUACUGUCCACCAGACCAACAAACUGAGUCUAGCCCCUACUGUCCACCAGACCAACAAACUGAGCCUAGCCCCUACUGUCCACCAGACCAACAAACUGAGCCUAGCCCCUACUGUCCACCAGACCAACAAACUGAGCCUAGCCCCUACUGUCCACCAGACCAACAAACUGAGUCUAGCCCCUACUGUCCACCAGACCAACAAACUGAGCCUAGCCCCUACUGUCCACCAGACCAACAAACUGAGUCUAGCCCCUACUGUCCACCAGACCAACAAACUGAGCCUAGUCCCUACUGUCCACCAGACCAACAAACUGAGCCUAGCCCCUACUGUCCACCAGACCAACAAACUGAGCCUAGUCCCUACUGUCCACCAGACCAACAAACUGAGCCUAGCCCCUACUGUCCACCAGACCAACAAACUGAGCCUAGCCCCUACUGUCCACCAGACCAACAAACUGAGCCUAGCCCCUACUGUCCACCAGACCAACAAACUGAGCCUAGUCCCUACUGUCCACCAGACCAACAAACUGAGCCUGCUUCUACACUGUUGCCCGGGGCCCCUCCAGAUGAGGUAGUUGUAAGCCACCAAGUUGACAGACAGAUAGACAUCCUCUGUACAACCAGGAAGUGGGGUGUCGGGUUCCCCUCCGCUCCCACACUGAGUACAGAAACAUCAGCAGACCAUCCCCACCUGGCACUACUUCCCCAUCUGCUGGCAUGUGGGUGCUGUUGGUGAUCUCUGAUCUGGCGCAGUCGUUGUU